GAAAUUGGAGAAAGUGUACGUGGAGAGGAUGUCUACAUUGUUCAGAGUGGGUGUGGUGAGAUAAAUGACAAUCUAAUGGAGCUUCUAAUCAUGAUUAAUGCUUGCAAGAUUGCCUCAGCCAGCCGGGUUACUGCAGUCAUCCCAUGUUUCCCUUAUGCCCGCCAAGAUAAGAAGGAUAAGAGCCGGGCUCCCAUCUCAGCUAAGCUUGUUGCAAAUAUGCUAUCUGUAGCAGGCGCAGAUCAUAUUAUCACCAUGGAUCUACAUGCGUCUCAAAUUCAGGGCUUUUUUGAUAUCCCAGUGGAUAAUUUAUAUGCAGAGCCAGCGGUCUUAAAGUGGAUAAAGGAGAAUAUAUCUGAGUGGAGAAACUGUACUAUUGUCUCACCCGACGCUGGUGGAGCCAAGAGAGUGACCUCCAUUGCAGACCGAUUGAAUGUAGAUUUUGCCUUGAUUCACAAGGAACGGAAGAAGGCCAAUGAAGUAGAUCGCAUGGUGCUAGUAGGAGAUGUGAAGGAUCGGGUGGCUAUCCUUGUGGAUGACAUGGCUGACACUUGUGGUACAAUCUGUCAUGCUGCUGACAAACUUCUCUCAGCUGGAGCUACUAGAGUUUAUGCUAUCUUGACUCAUGGAAUCUUUUCUGGUCCAGCUAUUUCUCGAAUCAACAAUGCAUGCUUUGAAGCAGUAGUAGUCACCAAUACCAUACCUCAGGAGGAUAAGAUGAAACACUGCUCUAAAAUACAGGUGAUUGACAUCUCCAUGAUCCUUGCAGAAGCCAUCAGGAGAACCCACAAUGGAGAGUCUGUCUCCUACCUGUUCAGCCAUGUUCCUUUAUAAUAGAAUAACUUCUGAAGCAU